GCCGUUGCUUUUGCUUCCAUCCGGAAGCCCCUCGCUAUAUCUCCUCCUCCCCACCCGGAUUCCGAGGCUGGCGGCCGUCUUCUUCUCCCCGUCGCCGCCGGAAUCUUGGCAGGGCAGCUAGUUUUGCAGCUCGGGCUCUCGCGCCCCGCCGCCUCCGGAGUUCGAUGUCCGUUUGUACCCGAUGGAUCCGCACCGCCUGAACUGCCCCGCCGCCGCCGACGCCGACACCGCCGACACCGAGGACUGGGAUAAUGACGACUUUGUGAUUCCAAGCUUGAGCGUUGAAGAAUCUGAUCAGGGUGACUGGGAAGUUUCACAGGCUUCUGCACCUCAACCACCUCCAAAGCAAGAGCCUACCAAGGACACGGAGAACAUCUAUCUUGGUCCUCACUGGGCAGCGCCAUCUCGGGGAAAGAAGCAAGAAGAAGCUUUAGCUACAUCCGGGUACCAUGAUAAGAACAUCAAGGUGAAGGAAGCUGAUCGGAAGGUGUCUGGAACCGGCCGGGAUAACAAAGUAGGCUUCUCAAGGGACUUCCACCGCUACAACAAUGCUGGUCACCAUGUCAAGUAACCCUACAAAUGAUCCACCGGAACACCCCGUGAUGUCAACAGUCAGUUAAAAGUUCAGCUAUCUAUCCCUGGUGUAAUUGAAAUUCGUGCGGGUCAUUGGCCUAAUUAUUACCAGCGGCAUUUAUACUUCAAAUCAUAUGUACCGUGCGUCUGCUGCUCUGGAAAAUUGGGUUUGUUUCGGA